GCUUGUUCCUGACCCCCAUCUCCUCCCCAUCUCCCGUCUCUCGAGAUCCGACUCUGCGAGUCUUGCACGCAGUACAGCGAAAGACAAAUCUACCGACAUUUCCCCCCCCCGUGCCGUACCUGCCUCGCACAGUCCAGAAUCGACGAAGCCGGAGCUUAUACGCGUUGACCAUCGGGUCUUCUCUCAUUUCUGCCUCUCAUUUAUAAGACCACACAAUUGAGGAUACGACCAGAACUACGACCACCAUGUCAUCGUCAUCAGCAGCGGCAGCCAGCAUGAACUAUAUCCAGCUCGAGAAAUUGGGCGAGGGGACGUACGCCACUGUAUACAAGGGCCGUUCUCGAACCACGAAUGAGAUCGUGGCGCUCAAGGAGAUACACCUCGACGCAGAAGAAGGAACGCCGUCUACCGCCAUCCGCGAGAUCUCCCUCAUGAAGGAGCUUAAGCACGUCAACAUUGUCCGCCUAUACGACGUGAUCCACACCGAGACCAAGCUCACGCUCAUCUUCGAGUUUUGCGACGGCGAUCUCAAGCGGCACAUGGACCAGCACGGUGACCGCGGCGCGCUUCGCCCCGACGUUGUCCGUUCUUUCAUGUACCAGCUCCUCAAGGGCACUGCCUUCUGCCACGAGAACCAAGUCUUACAUCGCGAUCUCAAGCCGCAAAACCUGCUCAUCAACUCGAAGGGCGAGCUCAAGCUGGGUGACUUCGGUCUUGCCCGCGCGUUCGGUGUCCCAGUGAACACGUUUUCGAACGAGGUCGUGACGUUGUGGUACCGUGCGCCCGAUGUGCUCUUGGGGUCAAGAACGUACAGCACGUCGAUUGAUGUGUGGUCGUGCGGGUGCAUCUUUGCAGAGAUGAUCCAGGGCGUGCCGCUAUUCCGAGGACGAGACAACCAAGACCAGCUCCUACACAUCAUGCGCAUCAUUGGGACCCCGUCGCACGAGCAGCUGCAGAAGAUGCAGAAAGAUUCGCCCGAGAUUCAGCUGAAGACCUUCCCCCGCUAUCCCAAGCUUCCCUUCCAACAAUUUGUGCCCAAAGCUUCCCCAGAAGGUGCGCUUUCUCCCGCCUUCGAUAGUCGUGCACCUAACCCCUCCCAAGCAAUCGACCUCCUGGAGCGUCUCCUCAAGUUUGAUCCCGCCGAGCGCAUCACCGCCGCCGACGCCCUCAGCCACCCCUACUUCACCAACGUCCAAGCGCCCGCCCAGUUCGCGCCCGCGGGCUCGAUGGCGCCGCCCGCCUUCGCCUACCCGCAUCCGCACCCGCAAAUGCGGCCCCAGCAGCAGCACCAGUACGGCCAGCCGUUCGCGGUGCCAGCGCAGCAGGUGCCGGUGCAUCCUCAGCAUGUUGCCGCAGCGCAGGCGCAGAUGCAGGCUCAGGCUCAGGCGGCGCAGCAGUACCAGGGCAUGCCGUAUGGUGCGUACCAUAGGUGAAGGGGGUGUAACGGUGAAGGGGUAGGGUGUUGAUGAAGGAAUAUCCGUCCGGAAAGGGAUACCCACGACGUCGGACAUAAUGGCUUCAUAGAUUGCAAGGACCGGCAGGACGGGGAUCCUUGUGUUGCUCUGUUUGCUCUCUUUUAUUUCUUGGCUCGUAUUCUCUUUUGCAACGUGUUGACUACCAUGGCCGCUGUAUCCUAGUACAUCAGAGGAUCGUAUAUGUAUUUGUUCAACAUGG